AUUUAUUUCAAUGGAAAAAUCGCCGUCGUCGAGAGUUGAUGUUAAACGCAGAACGCAACAAUAUAGAACAAAUUUUCGCUUAAAGUGCCAAAGUGAAAAAAUAUAACAAUAAAAAAGUCGCUAUAUCAAACGAAGUUAAACGAAUCGUGCGGAGCAAGAGAAAAUUGCAUAAAAUAUUCAACUUUUUCUGCAACUGCAGCGUAAACCAGUUGUGCAAAUUUUUGUUGAACAGAUCUGAAAUUGCAAACUUUCCAGAAUAAUCUGUAGUAUUGAAGUUUAAAUAAUACAUAAAUAAACUAAAUAUCGCUUAUUUUAACAGAAAAUCUGUUAACUUUAAUCGGUUUUACAUAAAAUUAAACAUAAAAGGCGCACGAAAAUUUUGCUGUGUAGCUAAGCGGUCUUCUCAGUGAGGGGUGCAUUACAUAAGCGUGCGGCAGGAAGAAGUGUUUUUCGACAAUCUCUUGUGUAAUAAAAAUUUUGCUUGCAUAUAAAACGGAAUUAAACGGAAAAAGUUAAGGAAUCACAGUACGUGAAGCGGGCGGUACUACCGUCCCAACGGUGUGAAUUCUUUGUGUAUUUGUAGUCGCCCUCUGCUAGCGCUCAUAUGCUACAUAUCCAUACGUAUAGUGAGCAUAAAUUAUAUUUUUGCAGUAUCGUAAAGCAGUGCUUGGAAUAAGCACAUUCGGUGUGUAUGUGUGUAUUAUAAUACUACGCUUGGUUGCCAUCAUAUUUACGCGCACGAGCUGUAGGCGCCGUCAUCGUAACCAGUCGUCGGCUGAUCCCCACCAGAAGCGACGCAGUACAAUUUCACAAUAUCAAACCACCAGAAAAUAAAGUACCUACAGUUGUGGAAACGUUUUCGAAAACGUGUUGCUUUAUUUGCCGGUCCUAGUAAAAAAGCUAUUGCUACUGUAUAAUUUGUUUAACACAUUUUUUAUUGUUUGUGUACCUACGACAACGAAGUGCUAUAUAAAACCGGCAAUCGCCGGCAAUUUCUUUGCUUUCUCUAUAUUCAAUUGUGUAUUGAAAUAGGAAUUGUUGUACAUUAUUUGAAGAGUGCGGAAAAAGUUCUCGCGUGAUUAUGUCCCAGAAUCAACGUGACACUCUAAUACAUUUAGUUGCUGGCGGAACUGCUGGCACAGUUGGUGCUGUCGUCACAUGUCCCUUGGAAGUGGUCAAGACACGCUUACAGAGUUCCAAUGCUUUUCUCGGACCCACACGUCUCGAACCGCCCGGUUCCACCAAUGGCGCCAGCGAAUUGCUACGACCCGAACAACGUCGUAAAUUGAGCACAACCAUUUUGCGUAAGAGGGCACAGCCACAGGUGAUUGGGGGUGUGCGUAGGAUAAUGGCUAUUUCACACUGCGGCAUCUCAUCCACCUCCACAAAAUCAAUGAGCAUCAUGCAGUGCUUGAGGUACAUAGUACAAAAUGAAGGUCCACGCGCUCUAUUCAAAGGUCUGGGUCCAAAUCUAGUUGGCGUAGCGCCAUCGCGUGCGAUAUAUUUCUGCACCUACUCACAGACAAAGAAUUUUUUGAAUAAUUUAAGUUUCAUACAAACAGAGUCACCACAAGUGCACAUCAUGAGUGCCGCCAGCGCUGGUUUCGUCUCCUCCUCACUAACGAAUCCCAUAUGGUUUGUGAAGACGCGCCUACAGCUAGACUAUAAUUCCAAAGUGCAAAUGACAGUGCGAGAAUGCAUUAAUCGAGUGUAUGCACAAGGCGGCCUUGCCGGUUUCUAUAAAGGCAUAACGGCCAGCUAUUUUGGCAUCUGCGAGACGAUGAUACAUUUCGUAAUCUACGAGUUUAUCAAGUCGAAAUUGCUUGAAAUGAACAAUACACGUCACGAGGAUGUCAAAUCAUCGAAAGAUUUUCUGGAAUUCAUGAUGGCUGGUGCCGUUUCAAAGACUGUAGCAUCCUGCAUUGCAUAUCCACAUGAGGUGGCACGCACAAGACUGCGCGAAGAGGGCAAUAAAUAUAAUACAUUUUUCCAAACAUUGCGAACGGUGUGGAAGGAGGAAGGUAGAGCUGGACUUUAUCGAGGCUUAGCGACACAAUUGGUGCGACAAAUACCCAACACAGCCAUUAUGAUGGCCACCUACGAAGCUGUGGUGUAUGUGUUAACGCGACGAUUCAAUAAUAAAAGCAAUGAAUUCUACGACUUCUAGAUUUGUUUUCGUUUAUGGCUUGUAGCGUGAUUCAUUUGAACGACUAUAAGUACAAAAAUUACGCCAACACACGCACGCGUACUAAAUAUAAAUUAUAUAAUGCGUGCGUGUGUUUGAGUGUGCGUUAAUGUGUGCAUAUAGGUUAAGUGCGUGCUCGAAAAGGAGUUAUUAUUGAAGUUUUUUUAGCUACAAAGUUACUAUGCAACUUUGUUGCUAAACAAAAUAUUUAAGAAAAUGUUGUGUAAAAAUUGUAGCGCACUUCUAGGCGCUUAGGCGUGUGUGUGUUUGAAGACUGCAGCAUGCUGAAACAAGCAAACAAAAGCGUACAACGAAUUGAUAACUAUUUUGAAAUAGCAUUAAAUUCUAGCGAACACACUACUUAUUAGAGACUAGCAUGUUGCAAGUUGUGCGCAGAAUUUUUGUGAAUUUUUUUAUUUUAUUUAUUCUGUUUAUCAAAUGUUGCGCAGCAAUUAAACAAUCAAUCAGUCAGUCAAUAAACUACUUUUAAGCGUUUUGGCAGGCCAACACUUAUAAAUCACAUACAUAAAUGUACUUUGAUACAUAAUUAAAAUUAAUUUUGUUUUCGGCGGUUUGGAGCGCCGCGGAUUUUUAAAAAAUAUUUAAUUUCUUUAUUUUCAAUUUUGAUUUUGUUUAUUUGCUAUUUUUGAAUAAAAUACUUGAUUUUUUGUGAUUAACAAAAUUUUUUUCUACAGAUCUAUCGCAUAGAUCUUAUUGCUCAUAUAUAAAUUUAUAUAUAUAUAUGUAUUAUGAAAUGAAAAAUUGCUAAAUACACACACACACACUUACCUUAGUGCACAUACUAUAAAAUUAAUUGUAAAACAAUUAUAAAAACAAAAUUUACGAAAUCUUAUUUAUAUAUAUAUAUAUAUAUAUAUAUAUAUAUAUAUAUAUAUAUAUAUGUAUAUGUGAAAGUAUGUACUUUGUACGCUUUAAUGGUUAAAAACACGUUAGUUUAGUGCUAAAUAAUUUAAUUAUUCCACUUAAAAUGUUAACUAUAAAUUAUUAUUUUUAUACUAAGUAUUGAGUGAAAUGCAAACAAAAAAACAAUUUAAUGAACGCUGUUGAAGACAUUUAAGUAUGUCUUCGUAUUUAUAUUUGUAUGUGUCACAGUGGUUAUGAAACACUUGAAGUGCUCUAUAUUUAAUUUCCCCACACAAUCCACAAGUCUUUACAUUAAUAAGUGCAACUAAAUGCAUACAUAUGUACGUACGCUCAUGCCAUAAACAUUUUAAUUUGUUAAGUAAAUUUUCGUUAGCAAAAUAUUUUUGCUUUAAUUCUAAACAAUAUACACUUGAAAUAUAUAUUUUAUUUUAUUAUUUAAUAUAUUUUUUUUCUUUAAUUAUUUUAACUUGUAAAUGAAAUUGACCACACGAACACAAAGAAAAAAAUCAACAAAAAACAAAAACAAAUAUAUUUUAACCAAAAUUCGGAAUCGAAACAAUGAAUAAGGCUGCUCUAUAGUUAGACUGCAAAGUAGCUCAUAUAUAAAAUUGUUAAACAAAAACAAAAAACUACUUAUUAACUACUGAGUAUACUAUAAAUAUUUAAUUGGCACAAAAAUAAUUACAAAUAAGUACUAAAUAUAUAAGUUGCUGUGUAAAUAGUAUGUAGUCGAAAAGAGGUGUGAUAAAAAUUUAUGUUAGUUUUUUCAAAGAUGUCACAUGAUUUGUAGGACUGCGUGUGGUAAAGCGCCUAAAAGUAGAUUUGUGCUUUACAAAGGUUUGGAAUUAAUUAAUCAAUUAAAAACUAAUUAAAUAUGCAAUCAGUAAAUUUGGCAAAAAAAACUAUCAAAAAUAUUUAUGAAAAUAUAUUUAAUGCAAUUUAGCAUACUUUUAGGCGCACACAUACUACGCGUCCGCAAUACUUGUCUUGUAUAUUCAUCGUCGUCCAAAAAGUCAUUUACUAUAUAUGUAUGUACAUAAACGCAUUACAAAACGUUAGCAAAAAUCGCAAUGCCUUGAAUAAAUCUAAGUUGUAUAAAAAGAACAACAAUGAAAUAUAUAAUUAUAAUGAAAUAAAUAUUUAAUAAUUGUUAACACAAAGUCCUUAAAGCACAACUCUAGUGUUUGAACACACACAAACUGCUGCAAACUUUAAUUUCAUAUAGUAUAAACAAACAAACUAACAAACAUACAUACAUACACAUAUUCAUAGAAUGAACUAAUUAUAUAUGUAUGCAAUACAAAACUAAUUUCAAAAGAAAAACACUUCAAAAUAUAUGAAAUCCUUUUUAAUGCUAAUUGUUCAAAGUAAUUUUGCGUCACUUUGCCACCGCUAGCGUAAAGUAAACCAUACAA